UUGUGCCCACAGCACAACACCUCCGCAAGAUGCGUUCCUUUCCCUUACUCCUGGUCCUUGUUGGACUCGCUUACGGCGGACAUCCCAAACUCAAGGCGUGCGGAACGGAGUCAAAAGCAGAGAUCGUAUACGUGAACGUUGGCAACUGCGAUUCUGACCCUUGCGAAAUCGAGAGAGGGAACUCAACAAAUUUUUCGAUUGGUGUCAUCCCACACGUCAACAGCGAGACGGUAACCUUGGAUGCUAGAGUAUCUCUCAUUUGGGGCGUUACGAUGAAGAUCCCGGGAUUGGAAACGAACCUAUGCCGAUUUAUCAGCUGUCCUGUCGUAGCAGAGAGAAAAUACGAAGUCUCUCAGUCCUUCACAAUUAGCCAGCUUGUUCCCAGUAUGUCGACGACAGUAACCUUCAAGGUGAUCGGCGACGUCGGAGAAAUAGCAUGCUACGCUAUCGACAUAAAGAUCGUAUAAUAUAAUUUGAAAAAUAUGUACAAAUGAAAGGUUUUAAUAAGCCGAGGCACGCACUUGAGUCACGUUAAUAAAUAUAUAAAAA